AGAAAAAAAAAUAUAAAGCGGAGAAAGAGGUGGGAAAAGUGAAGAAAGCAGAAGAGAAGGAGAAGGUGGAGAAAGGCCAUGAUAGGCGAUCUACUCUCAUGGCUUCUUGCCUUCUUCCUUGUCGUUGCCGUUCUCGCCGCAGUCCUCUACCAGGUCAUGUGCUUGGCGGAUCUUGAAAAUGAUUAUGUCAACCCUUAUGAUUCAGCAUCCGAGAUUAACGAACUUGUGGUUCCAGAAUUUGUUCUGCAAGGAGCACUAUGCUUCGUACAUCUUGCGAUGGGGCAUUGGUUUAUGUGUCUGAUCUGUCUCCCAUACUUAUAUUAUGACGUUAAGGUCUAUACUGAUCGUCGCCACUUGCUAGAUGUAACUGAGAUUUUCAAUCAGCUACCAUGGGAAAAGAAGAUUCGGUUGUAUAAACUUGGAUACCUUGGGAUACUCCUUGUCUUUUCUAUAAUCAGUAUGGUCUGGAGCAUUGUGUCUGAAUGAAGAAUGAGGAAUUGAUGCUCUCACCAAGGUUCCCUGGUUCCUCUCUCUGUGGUUUGAUGAAUUGAUGAAAGUGAGAUACUCUGGGCAGUAUAUGUUGGAGCUGGCUUCUGUUGGUUUUCUCAGUAAUGAUGCCAUUUUUGCUGAGAAUGAUGCUGAUUGAUGGGCUGGAGAAUUAUUCCAAUUUAAGGAAAGGAUUGGUUGUCCUCAACUUGGGAAAACAUAUUGACGUUGAUUAUUAAGAUAUUAUUAAUCACUAUCAUUGAUGCUGUUUAUCUUUAUUUUUUAAAAUAAUGAAGUGCUUAUCUUAUUACUUAAGAUAUCUUAUAAUCUUUUAGUUAGAGAUAGGAUUAUUAGUUCAAAAUAGUCAUUUCAAUUACUUCCUCGUAGAAAAGACUAGUCUUUUCAGUUAAUUAGAAAUAGAGUUCAGGUUGUCAGUUGUAAGUAAGUUCUAUCAUGGACAUGAAUAAUAUUUGGUAAAUUGAUAAUCUUCUGAUC